AUGACUUUUGAGAGUAAUUUAGACAUGGUUAUUAAUAAUCUUGAAGCGAAUAUAAAUGCAUCCUUUUCAAAUUAUUUCAAUACCUCUGAAUACGACCAAAGUCCAGACAGAGUUUAUGGUCUCCUCCAAUGUUAUGGAGAAGCAACUGCGGAGGAAUGCUUUAGUUUUUCACAAGACAUAGCUACCCAGAUUCGUGAGAAAUGUGGAAAUGCCACAGCCGGUAAUUAUUUGCUGGACAACUACUUCAUGCGCUACGAGAGUUAUUCCUUCUUCGGAAUACUAGAUAUCACUACAUUUACUUCUUACAGGUUGGCGAAGAUCAUGGAUGAGCCUGAAGUGUUUCGUAAGGAAGUCAGGGAGCUUUUAACAAAUCUGGCAGAUGAAGCCCUUGGAUCCCCAAUUCAAUAUUCUUCUAGAUUCACAACUACUUCUACAUUUAUUCCAAUAUACAGUCUUCUUCAGUGUUGGGGGAUUUAA